GUCACCGUCACCACGAUGCCCUUCCUUAUCUUUAACCCCUCUGUCGCCGAUGCGCCCCUCGUAGUGCUCGCCUACCACCGUCUCCCUAAAUUUCCCAUAAAGCCCCUCCUGUUUUCCCCUUGUUUCGAACCCUCGUCCUUCCCCUCCUCCGCGCCCUCCUGCAUCAACCGCAUGAGCUGGUUCGGCAAGUUAGGGUUCGUUCUCGGCGGCCGGGGGGCAGCGCCGCUGGCAUCGUCGGCGAUCGCGCAGGGGCGUGAUGACGACGUGCCUGCGACCGGUCAGGAGUUCGCGCAGUUCGGCGCUGGUUGCUUCUGGGGCGUCGAGCUCGCCUUCCAGCGCGUGCCCGGGGUGACCAGGACCGAGGUCGGAUACAGCCAGGGCACUCUCCACGAGCCGACCUACGAGGACGUCUGCUCCGGGACGACCAACCACUCCGAGAUCGUCCGAGUGCAGUACGACCCUCGGGGGUGCAGCUAUGGCGACCUGCUCAACGUCUUCUGGGCUCGGCAUGACCCCACCACCGUCAAUCGCCAGGGAAAUGAUGUUGGGACCCAGUAUCGCUCUGGAAUAUAUUUCUACACAGCAGAACAAGAAAAAGCUGCCCGAGAAUCUAUGGAGAGGCACCAGAAGGCCUCGAGCAGGAAGAUUGUGACGGAAAUCCUUCCUGCAAAGAAAUUCUACAAGGCAGAGGAGUAUCAUCAGCAGUAUCUCGAGAAAGGUGGGCGCUUUGGGCACAAACAGUCUGCAUCCAAAGGUUGCUCUGACCCUAUCCGCUGCUACGGAUAAAAAAAAAAGGCUAGUGAUAAUAACAAUCCCAAAACUGCAGCAUAGUUUGUUCUUCCAUAAAGAUAUGAUAUAUAUAGAUAGUGUUGUGAUAUGAGCUCCAUAUAUUCUGAUUUGAGAUCUUGAAACUGUCGAUAUGAUAUAUUUAAGCUUAAAGGAAACUAUUAUAUGUCUUGUUAGGUA